AUGCCGUCAUGGCUAUCUCCCUCCUCUUUGGCGCGAGUACUAUGCUUGCGGUCGUCUCUACCACGAGUCAGCCGCCAAUGGCUUCGACCCAGGCAAUACUCGACACUCAUUGAACCGUCUUCGCGUGUGGAGCAGGUUGAAAUCGAAUGUCGCUCAAGCGGACAUAUCACUUUAGAUAUCUUCCAUCCAGAAACGAAACCAAACGCGAGCAACUCGAAACCUCGCUCUCCUAUCAUCUAUCUCCCAUCUGGAUUUGACCAUGUAUAUAAGGAUCCACGUUCAGACGCGCAUUCUCCAAGUCAAAUAGACGGCAUUUCCUCCUUCUCAAGUCCAACGACGUCCUCAAUAAACUCCGCCAAAGAUGAUGCCAUUAUCUCCGCGUUAUCAUCCGGCAGCGGGCUUCCUGUCAUCCGACUAAACUAUAGAACUCUCCACUAUCCUCUCCCCAUCCACGACGUACUCACUGGCUAUGACUGGGUGGUCGACAACCUCUGCGAGUCACGCACGCCAAUUGGAGUCUGUGGGCAACUUUUAGGCGGAAGUCUCGCAGCAAUGCUCGCCGUAACAGAAUGUCAAAUGGGACGGACCAGAAUUUCUGCUGCGGCCGUGGGGAACCCAAUCGUGGACUGGCCGGGGCUCCUGUAUGCUGCGUCAUUAUCUUCUUCAUAUACGGCAGCAGCACAAGACAACAAUUCCGCUGAAUCUCCAACUUCAAGUCCGGACCUGCGCCCCGACUUGUCCGCGGAAUCACAAGCUUCGUCUGCUCACCAUUUACGUCGUCCCGUAAGGUCACGUAUCGCAUCUACAUCUUGGCACAAAUACAACCAAACCAGCCAACCCACCGCGUCAGAAGUUUUAAAUCUUCGACGAUUCUACUUUGCGCAUCAAGAUGCGUAUUUCGACCCCUUUGUCAGCCCGGCACUCUUCUUUCGUACGCCGGGGAUUGAUCUGCUUGAUCCUGAGCACCAGGCUGAAAUCGAAGCCGACGCUGAAGCUGAAGCCGAUUCUCACUUAACCAAUCCUACGAGUCCCUCAUCAGACACUUCCUCUCCAGAUACCCGUAUCUCAUCCUCUUCAUCCUCAUCCUCGCCCUCCCACCCUCCUAACCCCGACACCAACUCCCACAUCCAGGGCUACCACGGCGUCAUAUCCAACCUGACCAAACGGCGCAAAUCUCCACGCAAGUACCCUCCGCCCGGCCUCUCUCUACAACUGCCCCAGUUACGCAUCAGUCUUGGCGCACAGAACGUGCUGCGCGACCAGGGGAUUGAAUUCGCACAGCUCGUUCGACGGGCACUUGUCACGCAGGAGCGUAUGAGCAGGGACAUUGGCGCCGUUCAUUUCCGCGAGGUCGAGCAUGAGAACGAGUAUCACCAUGAGCGAGGAAGUCAUGGGUAUGAUGAUACUACGUUGGAGACAAGCGAUGCGCAGCAACUAGGAGAGCAGGUCAAAGAGGCCAGAGAAGCUCUGCUCAAGAGCCGCGCAGAGGAGAUUGUAAAAGUACAGGAACUUACUGGGUCUGGAGUCUGGGGAUACGGAUGGGAUAGCAGCGAUGUUGGACGGCAUGCAGGUGUAAAUGGGUCACGUCGAGAUGGGGAAGGUGUUGGGGGAGAAGAGGACAUUAGAAGAGUCGGGACGUGGUUUGGACAGGUCCUUUCGUGAAAUAGCCAGUUGCGGUCUUCAAUUGUAAAGAGAAGAACGAGGCUUUUUUUUUUUAAUAAAAUGACUAAGUCUAUGGUAUUGCCUUGUUCGUAGGCAAUGCGGAGCAGACGCAACAGAUGUCAGAUCUGAGAGGAUGGGGGGAAAGAGAUGUGCAAAUAUGCAAACGCCCCGUCCUAGAUGAGCCAUAUUCUAUAAAUGCAAAAGCCCACUC